CUAAUGAAUUAGUGUUUGAGGAACGAGGCUUAAAAACUUGUGAAUAUUGGAAUAUCGCUCAUGGUAAAAAAUAUGAUAUUUAUACAAAUAAUAAUUAUUCAACUUUUGUUGUAAAUUUAGGUAAGAACCGAUUACAAUGUUAUAUGCAAUUAAAAAACAGUAUGGGCUUCGAAAUUGAUCCAUAG